UGUGCGAGAGUCAAGUGAAACAUGAGGAGCUCGGCUUUCUUGGUCAUCGUCUAUGGGCUUUUGUUGCAAGGAGAAUCCUCCCUCGCCAGUGAAGACCAAGAAAUACAUGUCACGCCGGAAGUUAGCCUCGGGGAUCAGUGUAAUGGAUAUUGUUUCUUAGUGUUAAAGCCCCUCCUGGAUUAUUUCACCCAGCUGAAAGAAGCAACCGAUGCCAACAAUGAAAUGAAAGACAAAAUAAACUCAUUGGAGGUCACCGUCAGCAAUUUGCAGAGCCAGCUACUCAACAGUGAGACGCAAAUAAAAAACAAUAUCGAACAAAUCAAGGACAAAGAGAACCAAAUCAAGGACAAAGACAACCAAAUCAAGGGCCUCAGAGAGCAGAUGGAUCUGGUUGCUGGAGUGCUGGCCGAAAAGAACGAUCAGCUAUCGAAAAUCAACCAAACGGCGGAGAACAUUCCCGAAACGUGUGGCAGUGGCACCCCAAAUGGCGUUUAUCAGAUAAAGGUCAGGGGAAUAGAGCCGUUCCAAGUGCCCUGCGUAUCGGAUUCCUCUGGAUGGACUCUCAUCCAGAGACGAGUGAACGCCAACGAGAACUUCAAUCGGAGCUGGGCAGACUACAAAAUGGGUUUCGGCGACCUCCGGGAGAACUUCUUCCUGGGACUGGAAAAAAUCCAUCGAAUGACCCUGCUCCAGCCUCACGAGCUGUACAUUCAACUCCAAGAUGUUAAUGGAAGCACCAGGUAUGCUCGCUACGACGAUUUCAAAAUAGGAAACGAGGAGGAAGCCUACGAACUGAUAUCGCUGGGAAAAUAUUCAGGAACAGCCGGAGAUUCCUUAACUAAAUAUCACCUAAACAUGAAAUUUUCCACUUUGGACCGGGAUAUUGACGCUAAUGAGAAAAGGAAUUGCGCGCAAUAUUAUGGAGGUGGUUGGUGGUUUUCUGCUUGCGCACAAAGUCAUCUCAAUGGAAACUAUUAUAAAGAUGGUACAAGUGAAGUGCGUGACGGCAUUUUUUGGGGUACUUGGAAAGACUAUGAUUUCUCGAUCUCGCUUACAUUUUCUCAAAUGAUGAUAAGGCCAAAAACGCUAUAGAAUGUACAUAUAUUCUUAAAUGAUGUAUUCGUAAUUAAAGCAGUUCAAUUAAUGCUAAAAGAUGUUUAUAG